AUGGAGGCAGAGAAGAGCAAACGAGAAGUUGACGGCAAAAUGAACGGAAAGAGAGGGAAGGAAGAGGGAGGACUAAAGGGAAGUCAGCAGGAGGUGAAGGAGGAGGAGGUGGAAGAGUUUUUUGCUAUAUUGAGGAGGAUACAGGUGGCUGUCAAGUACUUCGAGAAGAGUGAAGGAAAGAAAUGGAGGCCUUUGCUAGAGAGAGAGGAGUUCAAAGAACUUAACGGCGAUCCUGACACAGAAAUGAAAGAGGGUAAUUCUUUUUAUGGGAAUUCGGGUUUGGAUCUGAAUUUGGAUCCAAAUCCAAAUGAAUAA